AAAUAUAAUUUAAGUAAAAACAGUAAUAAAAAACAAAUUUAAAAAUACUAACAACAGAUAAUAAAAAGAACACAAAGGAGACUCAAACGAACAUCAUUUUCUUUACUUAUAGGCCAAAAGAACAAAAGAGCGGACGAAAAGAACAAAAAAAAAAAAAAGGAAGUUUAAAUUUGAAAAUACUGUAGCAGUUAUUUUCUCUCUCUUCAAUUUAUCAUAUAUAAAUACAUCAUUGAAUGCGACAUUUAUUUUCACUUUCACACUCAACCUACAUGCAAAACCUUCACUCACCAACAAUCAAAAAAACAGUGCAAAACCUUUCAAAUUAUUGCAAAUCCGAACUUCUCCAAUUUGGAAUUCUACUAUUUUCACUCUAAAAACUUCCCCAAUUUGUUUUUUGGAAGUGAUAAUCUGGUUACAAAAACUUGAACCCUAACAAUUGAAAAUGGGGAAAUCGAAAAAAGGAGAAGAAGUUGAUGCGAAAUGUUCUAUUGAGGAUGAUGUUCCUUUGACAACGACUUUAUUGAACUUAAGAAACAAAAAGAAGAAAGAGAAAGAAAUUACACCAACAAUUGAUGCGGAUUUGUUGGAAGAUAUCAACAAAGAAGUUUCAGAAACGGAAGAAGAAGAAGAGAGCGAACUUUCCAAACAAAGGAAAGCAUUGCAAGAACAACAGAAGAUGGUGCAAGCACUUCAGGAAAAGCUGCUACAACAGGAAAAGCAGCUGGAUCUGAUUGAACAAAAAAAGAAGGGUGGAGAAGGACAAAAAAAUUCCAGCAAAGAUCCUGAAAAGCAGGAAGAAACUGAAAAGAAAGAGCAUGAAGUAAAAGUGCAUGAAGAAGUGAAAGAACCUGAAAAAGAGGAGGCUGAGGUAAAAGUUCCAGAAGAGCUGGAUGAACCAGAAAGAAAAGAAAAGAAAACGAACUUAAAAAUUACUUUGAGAAAGAAAAAAGACGGAGAAGAAGCUGGUGAGGAACCUGAAAAAGCAAAGGGGAAGUCUAGGAAAUCAAUACCAAACAGGAAAAGGACAAGAAGUCAAUUGCUGAAAGAAGAAUUUCCCGAUCUUAUCAAAGAGGUAAAGCAGGAAUUGGAAGAGGCACAUAAGAAGAAGAGCUUGUUGCCUGCUGAGAAAAUUUCAACAAAAAAAGUUGCACCAAAUGCUAAGAAGGGGAAUGGAGUUACUUUGAAAAAGACUGCAGCACUUAAGAGGGGUAGCAAAGUUAAUCAGAUAGUUGUGAGGGAGGUUUAUGAAGACGAGGAAGAUGAAGAAGGAGGUGAAGAAGAAGGUGAAGAAGUAGAAGAGGAAAGUGAACCCUUAAUGAAGAAGGGGAAAAAAGUAGUUGAGAAGAGAGCAACAAGAAGUAAACAAAUUGUUGUUUCUGAUGAGGUCAUGGAGGUGGUGGAUGAUGAGAAACCAAAAUCUUUGGUUGUUGCCAAACCAAAACCUGAAGAAAGGAAACUAAAUCUAAGGCAAACUCCGCAAUUGAUGAUGCGAUUCUUGAGGGGAAUUGCAUCUAAUGAACCACAUGAUAUAAGAAAACAACAAUCCAUCGUGGAGUUAGGCUUUGGAUCUCUUCUGCAACUUGACAUCCCACAAAAUGAAAAUCCAUUCCCGUACGAGUUGGUUAGGAAUUUCAACUCGUCCAACCGGUCCUUGCAUCUACCAAAGUCUUCCCUUGAUAUUACUGUAGAGGAUGUAUAA